AUGGAAGCAUGCCGCCGAAUCAGAUUUCCGAAUCCAGCACAUCCCCGAAUCCGUACAGGAACAGAUCAAAAGGCUAUAGCUGCAGCAUGGGAUAUUCCGCUUUGCAGGGGAUGGAGUAAGAAUCAGUCUAAACGAAAAAACCAAUGCGAGUUUUACGGCAUUGUGCAUACGCCUGGCAUGAUACUCCACAGUCCCGCAGAAGAGCAGAUAGGCGAUCUUGGAGCUUCUCAGCUCAAGUCCCCAUUUGGAACUUGUCUUUGGCGAAUUGCGAUAGCCUUAUAUCUCAUGAACCUGGAUAUGCCCGCAUUCGUCCCUGCAUCUACCAAGCGUGCACGUGGCUGCUGGCUUUCGGAUGGAAUCUACGCGACGAUAAUGCAAUUUGCGACUUGUCGGAUAGGGCUCCUGUCGGUAGUUGCUGUCUCCCAGAAGGAUGCAGUUUCCCGCAUACAGACAGUCUACUAUGCGAAUCCUGGAGCCUGGAGAACAGCCAUGACGUUGCCGUCCGAUGAUGACACAUUUCGAGCCAUGGAAGCGAUUAGAGCAGGUAAAAAAGGCUUCAGCUUUCGUAAACGAUUACGAAAGAAUACGACAACGAUCGUGUGA